GGCUGGGCAAGAUGGUUCCCACACCACAUCUCGUACGCCACUAGCGCCUAGAACCAUAGUACAAACAAUAAUAGAACUGAGCAGUACUGUGCUAGUGAGCGAGCUUGGGACACGGCCGUUUCAGGUUACCACAAACGCCUCAUCCCCAAGCCAAGCACCUCGCCAUGAGCACGGACGCGGACGCCGUGCCGGUGGCCGUGGCGCCGGCGAAGCGCCCUCCCAUCAACAAGUACGCCUUCGCGUGCGCCCUCCUCGCCUCCAUGAACUCCGUCCUCCUCGGAUACGACAUCUCGGUGAUGAGCGGCGCGCAGCUGUUCAUGAAGGAGGACCUGAAGAUCACGGACACGCAGAUCGAGAUCCUGGCCGGCAUCAUCAGCAUCUACUCGCUCCUGGGCUCGCUCAUGGCGGGGCUCACGUCCGACUGGCUGGGCCGGCGCUACACCAUGGUGCUGGCGGCCGCCAUCUUCUUCACGGGCGCCCUCCUCAUGGGCCUCGCCCCCAACUACGCCUUCCUCAUGGCCGGCCGCUUCGUCGCCGGCAUCGGCGUCGGCUACGCCCUCAUGAUCGCGCCCGUGUACACGGCCGAGGUGGCGCCCACCUCCUCCCGCGGCUUCCUCACCACCUUCCCGGAGGUGUUCAACAACUUCGGCAUCCUCCUGGGCUACGUCUCCAACUUCGCCUUUGCGCGCCUCCCCGUGCACCUCAGCUGGCGCGCCAUGUUCCUCGUCGGCGCCGUGCCGCCCGUCUUCCUCGGCUUCGCCGUCCUCGCCAUGCCGGAGUCGCCCCGGUGGCUGGUCAUGCGGGGCCGGAUCGAGGACGCGCGCCGUGUCCUGCUGAGGACCUCCGAUUCGCCCGAGGAGGCCGAGGAACGGCUCCUCGACAUCAAGAAGGUGGUCGGCAUCCCCGCGGACGCGACCGACGCCGAUGAUGUCGUCGCCAUCGUGCGCGCCAACGAGGCCGCGCGCGGGCAGGGGGUGUGGAAGGAGUUGCUGAUCAACCCGAGCCGGCCCGUGCGCCGCAUGCUCGUCGCCGGCCUCGGGCUCAUGUUCAUCCAGCAGGCCACGGGCGUGGACUGCGUGGUGAUGUACAGCCCGCGGGUGUUCGAGAAGGCCGGGAUGAAGUCCAGGACCAACUCGCUGGGGGCGUCCAUGGCGGUGGGCGCGUGCAAGACCUUCUUCAUCCCGAUCGCGACGCUCCUCCUCGACCGGGUCGGCCGGAGGCCGCUGCUGCUGGCCAGCGGCGGCGGGAUGGCCAUCUUCCUCUUCACGCUCGCCACGUCCCUGCUCAUGCUCGACCGGCGGCCGGAGUCGGAGGCGAAGGCGCUGGGCGCGGUGAGCAUCGCGGCGAUGCUGUCGUUCGUGGCGUCGUUCGCGUCGGGGCUGGGGCCCGUGGCGUGGGUGUACUGCUCGGAGAUCUACCCGCUGCGGCUGCGCGCGCAGGCAGCCGCCAUCGGCACGGGGCUGAACCGGCUCAUGGGCGGGGCCACCACCAUGUCCUUCCUGUCGCUCAGCGAGGCCAUCACCAUCGCCGGGAGCUUCUACCUGUACGCCUGCGUGGCGGCCGCCGGGUGGGUGUUCAUGUACUUCUUCCUGCCGGAGACGAUGGGCCAGAGCCUGGAGGACACCGGGAAGCUCUUCGGCAAGGACAUGGACGUCGACGACGCCGACGACGGCGCCGUCGUGCGCCACGAGCGCAAGAGGUCCACUGAGCUGAUCACUCAGCAGUGACACCGAGUAAUCUACUCCGUACACAUGUCGUGCUUGUGUUGUGUGUGGCCGGUCCAAGCCAUCUUGGAGGUGAAGCUCUAGAUUCUGGACACGUUGCUCAGAUUUCCAGACUUUAGGAUGUAGGGACAGACGGACGGACACCCAGCGCUUUACGGGGAGGAAGAUCACAUGAUAUUCCGCACGGGUGAUGAAUCCACGUAGAAAGAUGGUCCGGUUCACCGGCCGUUUGCGCUGCUCGCCGUGGCGCGCACUGCGCAGCUUGUGACACAUCUUUUCACCGGGUGGCAGUGAUUACUGUACGAGUGUGUAUGGGGUACCAUUUCUGGUAUGUACAGGCUUGUGUUAUCAUGUAUGUAUAUGAGUCGUCUCUCAUCUUUGUA